UAUCACGACGAUCUGGAUGUAGGUUACAGCUCGACAUUGGUCUGCGCGUUGAUCCUUCUAGUUCUACUUGGCACCUUGCAGGCCACGGUGCUUCCUCGUACCAUAAUUUUACUUCUUUUGUUCCUAGUUGCAUUUAUAUGGAUAUCAGUUGUGCUGAUGUUACUGUUAGCUGUACGCUUGAGGUGGAUAUUGUGGGAUAUCUCCCACAGUUUCGUCCUAAGGCUAGCUAUCACUGUGUUUACCAUCGUUCUGGUAUAUACAGUAGCUCAGGUCAAUGUGUUCACUUGCCUGUCCGAUACGAAUUGUGUACCCCAUUCUACAGCAAACAUCACGCUCGAUGGCAGAGACCACAGAGCAUGUCCUUUGCCUCAAUACAUCGUUAUAUCUUGUGCUCUUGGAUACUUGGCUGUGGCGAUAUUUUUAAGACUACCUAUAUUACUUAAAACUUCCCUGCUCGUCAUCAUGUCGACUAUAUAUAUACUCCUGAUAGAACUAUCUCAUAUCGAGCUGUUUCUAUGCUACGAUGUAAGAGUAAGAUUCAACUUACUACCGGCACACGUCGCUACUCAUUUUCUCGAUAACCAAUUCCGCAAUAAUAUGAAUACUCUAUCACAGGAACUAUACCAUCAGAGCUACUCCCGCGUUGGAGUUGUUUUUGCGUCUAUCACAAACUAUCACGAAUUCUACACCGAACUUGAUGGUAACAACCAAGGCGUGGAGUGUUUAAGGUUACUCAAUGAAAUAAUCGCUGAUUUUGAUGAUCUGCUGUCUGAAGAAAGGUUCAAAGCCAUCGAUAAAAUUAAAACUGUUGGUUCGACUUAUAUGGCUGCCGUUGGAUUAAUGCCUGACUUGAGAAUACUUGAUGACGAUGAAACGACGGCGGGAACGCAUUUGAGCACGCUGGUAGAAUUUGUAUUUGCCAUGAGGGAUAGGCUACUGAACAUCAAUGAGAACUCCUACAACAACUUCAUGUUGAGAGUUGGCAUAAACAUAGGACCUGUCGUGGCAGGAGUGAUAGGUGCGAGAAAACCUCAAUAUGAUAUUUGGGGCAAUACUGUAAAUGUGGCCAGCCGAAUGGAUUCCACUGGUUUACCAAAUCACACCCAAGUAACAGAAGAAGUCUUCCAAGUACUCAGAUCAUAUCCGUAUGAGUUCCAAUGUAGAGGCAAAGUGAAAGUUAAAGGAAAGGGAGAUAUGACGACAUAUUUCUUGACUGACAGGAAGCAACCAGGGACUCUUAGAGUGGAAGAAUUAAAUAGUUUAAGAUCCAACGCCAACAACGUGAACAAUAUAAACAAUAUGUAUGGUGGUGUGGCCACUCCCCUCGCCCUCCUUCAUCAUGGUGAUAUCAACAAUGGCCGUCAGAAACAUAACCCGCUACAAAAUCGCCCGCCGGUUCGGGAAGAAUCUUAUACGACUUCCCGAAACGCUGUACGUCUUCCUCCUCUUCGAGAAACCGCUUCACAUAUAAAUGGUUGUGAAAACGAACCACUUCUACCAAAUAUUCGGAAUGGCAAGAAAAAAUGUUUGCCGGCUGAAGAAACGUUACCUCCCCCUCCUUUACCACCCCAUAAAAACAAUUGUCAAAGGCAAGGAACUCCAGAAAUGAAAUACAACCCGCCUUGGCCAAGAGGACAAGUUGAUAGUGUCAAACCAUACCUUAAACCUUUACCAAAACCUCCAGGAAAAGAAUCGCCCAAUCGACAACACAGAAAACAUCAACCAGCACCAGUACCUCCUCCUCAUCAAAAUCAACGUGCGCCGGACCAAACAGCGGAGCUUCUGCGCAACAUAAUCCAGACGAGACACAAUCCCUUACUUCAGAGUAGACAAAGCCCACAUCAUCAUAGACAUAGUCCUCUCCAGCGACAUUUUUCUGAUGAAAGCUUAGGGGGACUCUAUAAUACCGGAUUACCGCAAAGAAUUCAUUCAUCGGCAGAUGAAAUCAGUUCCUUGAAUCAUUCGCCUAGUAUCAGUAGUUCUGAUGAGAGCUAUAGCAGAACAACCGACGCUGACGCCAGCCCUUGCGUAUCGCCUCCCUUACCUACUGAUACCCAGCAAUUUCUGUUUCCUUCGGAUAUACAAGUCAACCCAUUAUCUUCUCCAGAAGUAUCACCCCGAGCCUCUUUAGAUUAUAUUCCACCAAACUGUUCUUUGCGCAACAAUGUUGAGCCGAAAAGAAAUAAUUUAGCACCAAAUGCGUUACUCGCUUUAGCUGGUACUUGUAACACUGUCGAUUCUUCUGUAGUAACGAGUCCUCCUAUUUUAGAUGGUGAAGACAGUUGUCGAGGGGAAAGUUGCGCAAGUUUCGAAUUUGUCACGAAACCUACAUCCCUCUUACGAACUACUAGCGCUAACGGUGCAAAAUGUGCCAAAGCUUCUAAAAAAAUUCUCAAUUUGGACAAACAUCGGAUACGAAACGAUAGUGAUUCGAUUCUAGAGUGUAACAAAUUAUCCUCAAACUGUAAGAGGUCACCUAGUUUCAAAGAGGCCGAUGAAAUCAGGCAGUUGUUGAAGGAGGAAGAUAAUAAGACUACAAUCAGCAGUGAAAAAAGUUCCAGAAAGGAUGGUUGUUGCCAAACUGACAAAAAAGACUUGAGGCAAAUGCGACUGAGUCCAAUCGGCAUUCGAGAAAAACUCUCACCGAAUAAUAAGAUCAGCAAUAUUCCUUUCGAACGAGAAAUACAGAUGCUACUGGACGAACAGAAUUUGCUGCAGAACAUCCCCCCAAAGUUGGAACUCAAAGACCUUGCACUGGAGCCACUCGUAAGGUACGCACCAAAUAACAACAACCACCAGGUGGGGCUGGCGGCAAUUCAAGCGCUUGCUCUCGGUUUUCGGGGCAACAAUGUUAACAACCUGCAGUGCAUGUCCCCUUCCCCUCGAGCAAGCAGCAAAGAAGGAUCGCUUAAGAGGGGGCCUUCUCCAGGACCAGGCGAAUCCGUUAAAUUGGCCAAAGUGUCACCUCUUGACAGGUGCCCUAGAAAUUCGGAAGAAGACGUUGACUGUGAUAUGGUAGAAGUUCAAGGCCACGACGAUGAUACUGACCUUGAAAGUUUUGAAAGAGAAGAACAAAGAAUGGAAGAAGAAGCGGCCCAACCAGUGGAUAAGGAGCUGGAAGCUGAAGUGAAACGUCUCCUGGAAGAAAAAAUUCAGGAAAAACUUCGGAAUCUGGAACACAUUGUUUUGGAUAGUCAAAAUCGAGAUCUUGGAGCUACGGCUGCAGAAGGAAGUCCUUCUGAGUGGUCCGAAGAUGAAGAUGGAGGUGCUUCUGAACCCCUUCUGAAUGAUAGGGAAUCCACAGGGUAUACCACAGAUGAUCCUGCCUUGGAAAAUAUAUCCAUGCUUAAUGAAACUGGAUUAACAGAUGCAGAAG